GAGCCAUCAGCCCAAGUUGGCGCAGUGGGUCUCACAACGACGAGUAAAGUUCUGCACAUCCGAGAACCUUCCAGUCUGCCUGGCAGCCCCCAGCCCCCAGUUUUUGGGGGGUCUCUCCGGGGGGAAGUGUUAGACGGUGGGAUUCAUACAGACAGCUCUGACGCUACAAGCACGGCACGCUAAUCCGAUCUUAGCGUCGUCCUUGUCCACCAUUGUGUCAUUCUGUUCCCCCGUAGGUUGACGAGCUUCAAUUUCCUUACUUGCCUAUUCCCUCUGCCCAGCACAAGCAUGAGUGCGCAAACCUGCACCCAACGCCACGCCACCACCAAUCCAACCUCUUGGGCGUCGCCAAUUCUCAUCCGAUCUGGCACUCUCACACGCGCCUAAUCUGAACGCUUGUGGAAGACCACCAGACACCCUCAACUCCCCCCCAACCCCAAUCUCAAGCCGGCUGACAGAAGGCAGUAGACAUACGGUCGCGCGCAGUGUAGUGCCGUGCUGUGGACGACUGUAGACUCUCCUGGGCCGAUCUACACUACUAUCGACACUCCACACGCUGGCCGACCACCACCACCACCACCUCAGCCAAGAUUAUCUCUGCGCUUUCUCUUUUUCCCCGCCGUCGGCUGUCCCACGACGUACAGAACACUCACACUCCCUCCCAGUUCAACCUCACAUUGAAGCGACUGCAGGCGCACCUGCAAGCAGCCGUGGCCUUCUUGUCUCCUCCUCUCCGCUAGUGUCAUCAACAAGCCGAUUGUCAAGAUGUCGGAUGAAGCACCGCAAGAUCUAAAGGUCGGAUCUGAAACAGCAACCAGAGGUGGCAGUGGCAAGCCACGUAAACUUAAUUCUAUUCCCUUGUGGUACCGCCGACUGCCUGCAAAUGAUCAGUAAGCGUGUUCUGCUCUCCUUUGGUGUCGUUGGGUGUUUCCGAUCCGGCGAUUCCUUAUCAGAUGGGUUGGUUGCGAAUGAUCAGUAACUAAUUACUUCAUCACAGCAUCAAACUAUUCCUAGAUACACCAUGGCAGGACACGCCUUUGGGACCCCUUGCUGCGUGGGAUUAUGUUCGCCAACUCUACGUUACCAUGAUGCUGACCGACUCGCAACCCUCAUGCCUCUACCUGUAAGUACCCAACUUCCACAAAAUACAAGACGUAUGCUAAUGGCUAGUAGGGGCCCAGAAAGAAUCUCCAUCUACAAUGCUGCGUUUGCGCCUCUAUGUGGGAAGGCUCACCCGUCAUUGAUGGGCUCACCGUUCAAAGAAGCAGCAUUCAGUGACAUUAGAGAUCCAAUCGGUGCUGUGUUUGAAGAAGGAGAGCGUACAGGAUCAGCUGUGAAUGUUACUGAUAUCCAAGUCUUUGUCGAGCGCGCAGGUCUACUUGAGGAGACAUAUUUUUCUGGAAGCUUCAACCCACUAAGAAGCCUCGAUGGCGAAAUCAUCGGCUUCCAAAAUUCCACCCAUGAAGUAACUCGGCAAAUCCUAGGUGAUCGAAGGGCAGCCAUGUUUAGUCGUAUGGAGGCUGCUACAGGGGCUCGACGCUCUUGGGCUCUCCAGGAUUUCGUUAUCCCUUUUCUCGAAUCGAAUAAAUUGGACGUCCCGAUGGCUCUCCUCUAUGAGGUAGAUGAAGAUAAGACUCCCGCGUCUACUCACCUGCUUCUCCGUGGUAGUAUUGGCGUUCCUCCUUACCACAGGAUGGCGGCGAAAGAAGUCAAUAUUAAUGGAGGCACCGGCCUGGGUCAUUUCAUCCGAAAGGCGAGCGAUUUGGGUACGGUUACGACGCUUCCAGUCGAUGACCAAUUUGCUGGAAUUGAUUGGCAAGGUUUCGGCGACCCAAGCCACCAUUUCAGUGUCCUUCCACUCGUAGGGGGUGCAAAACUCUUCGGUUAUCUGAUCCUUGGUGUUAAUCCUCGACGCCCAAUUGAUAGCGAUCACCAGGUGUUUAUGAGAGACAUUGCUUCGAUGAUAACCUCUGUAGCUGCCUCAAUCUCUAACAUUGAGAACGCAAAGAACGAAACAGACCGCCUUGAAAAGCGAGUCAAAGACAGUGAAAAACAAAUCACCUUCCUGGCAGAAAACGCAUCUGUUGGGAUGCUGCAUUCUUCUAUCGAUGGUCUUCCGAUAUGGGCAAAUGAGCAAUAUUUCAAACUUACUGGUCAAAAUAAUAAUGGGAAAGGUAAAUUCAACGCCAAGUUCUUUGACAUAUAUGUUGAAGAGGACAUCCCGAAGGCAAUGGAGUCGUGGCAAAAGUUAAUCCGCGGCGAACCGUCCGUUUCUGUCGAAAUGCAUCUAAAGAAGUUGUUUGUUCCACCAUCUGGCAAUCCGGAGCCAUCGUGUAUCUUGUCACACUCGUUUCCGUACGUUGAGGAAGGCAGAGUACGAUCCGUCAGUAAGUUACUCUGCCCAUUAUCAAGCCUUCAUGGGUAUCCCAGAGCCUUUCUUGAAUGCUCAGUUCACACUGUUCAUUGCAUGUACUAACUCUGGUACAGUGACUGUCAUAUCGGAUAUCUCCUCCCUCAAGUGGGCUGAAAGAAUGGAGGCUCGCAAGGCUGCUGCCGCCGCUGAAGCCAAAAAGAACCAAGAGGACUUCAUGGACAUGGUCUCGCAUGAGAUGAGAAACCCUCUAUCUGCCAUCUAUACGAGUGCCGACACAAUUACAAAGUCUCUGAAUAAUGUCCACCCCAAAACUAUUACUCGUGCAGAGCUUUUUGAGACGCUUCGCAGUAACGUCGAGUGGGCCAAGACCAUCAUGUCCGCUGCUAAAUUGCAGAAGUGUAUUGUUGACGACUUACUUACGCUUUCUAAACUCCAGCAUGAGCUGAUAUCCAUCAAGCCGCAGCCUAUGCAGUUGCCUGAAGUUGUAGAAUCAACAGUUAGGAUCUUCGAGUCUGAUACCAAGGCACAUGGCAUCGAACUUGCUAUGAUUCAAAAGCCGAAGCUUAGUGCUGCACAGAUUGAUUGGAUCUUGUGCGAUUCCUCCCGUUUCACUCAGAUGUUGGUGAACUUUAUGACAAAUUCCAUCAAGUUUACCAGCAAGCAAGAGCAGAAGCAUAUCACCGUGACAUACGGCGCAGUUGAAAAGAAUCCCAGAGAAGCAUUUCCGAGUGAUAUUCACUGGGCACCCCGAGACAACGCUCAGCCAACCGGCUCCCCUACCGGCUCUCCUACCGCAGAGUAUUUGCCUCCGGAUUCAGAGAAGGUAUACUUGACUCUUUCUGUAAAGGAUACCGGCGUCGGAAUGACUAUUGUUGAGCGACAAAAGCUGUUCAAUAGGUUUGCUCAAGCCAGUGCAAGAACUUCAAUCCAGCAUGGAGGAACCGGGCUCGGUCUUUUCGUCGCCAAAAAGAUGGCUGAGAAGAUGAACGGAGAGAUUGGGGUUUCUUCGGAGCCCGGGGUCGGUAGCACUUUUGCAUUUUAUGUCGAAGCUGCUCGGACUCUCCCAGAACAAAGCGACAAUGCCGUAAUUGAACAAAACUUUCCUUUGGCAGUCAGGACCUUAUCUGGUCCAAUCGACGGAAUGUUUCCCCCUGAAUAUACCAAUCAUAUCCACGUCCUCUUCGUGGAAGAUAACCAAUUAAAUCAGAAGAUCCUUGCAAAGCAACUUACCGAAGCUGGCUGUGUCGUUCAGGUUGCCAAUGAUGGCUCUGAAGCGCUGAAUUGGUUGUUGGAGAGCGACUUGUGGCAUGAAAACACCUCUGGAAAACGAGUCGAUAUUAUCUUGAUGGACUGGGAGAUGCCUGUUAUGGACGGACUUACCGCUUGCCGACACAUCCGAGCAUUCGAAAAGGAAGGGAAAUAUAGACGCCACGUGGAAAUCAUCGUAACGACUGCCAACGCUAGAGAUGAUCAGAUCGCGACUGCCAUUUCCAGUGGGGCUGAUGACGUUAUUUCGAAACCUUUCCUCCUAGCUGCUUUAUUGGACAAGAUGAAGACUCGUUUAGCAAACUCUACUGCCAGUAUGACUGAGGUUUCUCGAACGUUGUCGGAACCAUGACUACUAGGCUUUCUUUGUGGAUUUUUAAAAUUCUUCGGACUUUGAGAUUCAUUUUGCUGUACAGACAGAUUCUCUUUUAUCCACUGGUAGAUCGUCGGCUAGAAAGGACGUAAAAAGAAACGGAGAGAUAUGGAGUUACAAAAGAGUGCGUGGGGAUGAUUGAACGUUGAGAGUUGGGGUUUGGUGGCUUGGUGUUGAGAGUCUUCAUUCAAGAAGUGCUCUUGAACGUGAUCUGGGUGUAAUUGGGGUUGGUCGUGCCUUUUUUAUUUUCUCUCCCGACUACUUGACUUGAAAUUUCUUUGUUUUUUCCAUUUUUUCCCCCGCUGAUAUGAAAUGAGAUGGUUCGCAUAUGGAGGGCAUUCACAAAUGGCGUUCUAUACCCCUGGGUCAGCAUGAUUUGUCAUGAAGUUGAUUUCGGUUUUUCUUUUUUUGCUUUCCCUCUUCUUUUCUUCUCUGCCUUUUUUUCAAUCAAUUUGAUUACUUUUUUCUUCUUCUUUUCUUUCUUUCUUCCUUUUAAUUGUUUAGAUUACUUCGCAUGAUUGCAAGGGAUGGAUGGAUGGGGAAUCUCAGUUUGGUUGGCUGGCGUGGCGUGGCGUGGCGUGGCAUGAUAGCGUUCUGACUGACCGGCGAUGAUGCGAUCGAGAGAUGAAUUCAAGUGUGGUUGGUGUGGUCAACUGGUUGGUUGGUUGGUUGAUUUUACAAGUAAUUUCCCCUACUUUUUUUUCUUCUUAACGGCCGUGAAUGAGAGGGUAGUUAGUUAUAGGUACAUACUGGAAUGGAAAUGAGAAAUGAUGAGAU